AUGAAAAACGAUCAAGACGGAAGUCGGCCUCGCGAUCCCAGGCAUGGGUACGCAAAUCCAACCAUGCCCGAAAUCUGCCCGGUAUUAGGACGUGGAGUGUAUUUCGCUGUUUUUGGUUUCGCUCGCGAUGGAAAACGUUUCCCUGGUGGUAAUCAGUACAGUCGAUUUCUCAAAGUAUUGAAGUCUGUGCUUAGUGGAGAACUGAUGCAGCGAACGUUAGUGGUCGGUCGGUAUGUUGCGGGCCUUCCAUUUGAUUCUCCAAAAUUUGCAGCGUUACCUCCAUUUUUCGAUGUGCAAAGUGAUCAAGAAGCUGAUAGACUGGAACUACGGCAGCGCAUUGAUGUCGCCAUGAAAGCCGUUUUUCCCGGUGUUCCAGCCAGUCUGCGGAUGAUCUGUCAAUUUGGUCUGGCGUCAAUACUGUUCCACAAGUCGUUCUUGCAGCAGUCACUGCCUACGAAUCAGUUGCUGUUUGCUACUCCGCUAUUCAGCACGCGUAAUGAAGCGCAAUUUGAGUGGCUGCGGCGUCGUGUAGUUUGUCGAAACUUUCAAGAGCACGAUCCUAUCAGUCCUUCGGGCAUUCCGCCACACAUGGGGAUAAUGGUCGCGCUUACAGACUACAAGGAAUUGAUGGGAUUAAAGAAGGACUGGUUGUUGAUUUUGAGAAAGCUCUCAAACAGCACAUUAACGGAUCAGUUAUGA